AUGGCUAUACGCUCUUCUUCAUCGAAGGCUGAGCAGGAUGAAAAGAAAAGAAAAGCUCGCCGUGAACUCCGUAAACAGCGAGGCUAUGAGGCGAAAGCUCAUCAACAGAAAGAUACCCAAAGGACAAGGGGUAGAGCUUCGCCCAAAACGAAAAAGAGAUAUGCAGGGAAAGUGCGGAGGUAUGAGGAAUUUCUCCAAGAGGAGAAAGAUAUGCCUGAAGACCAUAAGGUUGGAGACGGGCAUCCGGCGCCAACACUAGAGGAACUCAAAGAGUUUAUCCGGUGGCAUGUUGAGUCUACUAACGGCAGACUUGCACCAAAUGGACGACCGACCAAGGACACGACUUUGAUCUGGGCUCAAGAGUUCGUCCCAGGCUUCUAUUUUCUGACAGGGAACGAGAUUUCCCCCCAUAACCGGGCCGCUCUUUACAGCUGGAUAGAGCAUGAUCUAGUUCAAGAGGGGUUCCUCUCAGUGAUCAAAAGACCGAAGCACACUUUCAAGCUUUCGAGCUUUGAGCGCGCCAUGACCGCUUUCUGGACAACAGAUGAUCCAUUCUUCAUGCAUGGAAGGUACCGUGUCCAGUUUCACUUCAUUACUCUUCAGUUCCUAUGCACGGGUGCCAGAGUGUCCUCUUUCACACCUGCAUCAGCAGAAAGAGUCGGACGGGGGCUUCGUUACAAAAAUAUUGAGCUUGUAUUGUUUCGUACCGAUAAUGCUCCUUGGAGGGUCGGAUGGCGGCUUGACCAACAGUUUGUCAAGAACAACAAAGACCCCGAGAAUACAAUCUUUGGUACUGCUAUUUGGGACUGCAAUGAACCUAUCUACUCAGGAGCCUUGCACCUCCUAGCACUAGCUCUUGCGGAUAAUGCUCUCUUUGGGUUCUCCAGGCCAGAGGAGAUUUUUGAGCAAAGGAUCCCCGAAGGGGAAGACGAACUGGUCCUUAGAUGGAAUGAUGAAGCCAAAGACCGAUGUAUUGUAAGACGCGUCACAGCAGAAAAGGUUAGUGAGGAGCCGUUGACAAAGGAGAGAUAUCAAGAGGGUCUACGUAAGAUCCUUGUCAAUGCUGGCUAUUUUGUAACUGCAACGGUACAUGCGAUGCGCCGCGAGCUAGGAAAAGCUGUCCAAGACAAAUAUUCCUCGGCUCUCGUGGCUCAAAUUCUUACACAAAGGUCUAAAGCUGUGUACGGAAAUGACUAUCUUGCUAACUGUUCCGGCGUGGAUGUAUUCAAUGCUCUACGAGGCCGAGCCGCAGAUCAUACUCACAUUGACUACUUUCAAGGCUACGACCGAUUCCACGAGAAUGGCCUCCCUCGCCGGUUGCCUACAGAAGAGGAAGAGAAGAUCCAUGAAGACCCGUGUUUGGUCGCCAAAGCCGCAGAAAUCCAGCAAGCACAGUCAGAUGAUGACAUCAGAAGAGCAAAGCGCGAAUAUAGCGUCCUUAAGAGAAGGAUCUCUUCGAACAGGUUGCAGAAAUACCAGAGUCAAUGGGUCCAGAGUCGUCGGGACUGGAAAAUCCUGACUAGGGGCCGCGAACGCCCGGAUCAUAUUGAGCAGAGUGCAGAAAAGCGGGUGCUGUGCAAGCUCAUGCCUGAAUUAGGCCGUUUAGCGGCGGUCAUGUCAUCCAACGAGCCACUUUCUUUUGACGAAAAAGCCAGUGUGGUGAAGGAUCUCUUUACCCAAUGUCUUCGUGAUUUUGACGCGGUCUAUCGUCCGGGUGAGGAGCCCUUUGAAAAGCGAUGCCCCGUUGUCAGCUGUCGUAAAUUAUUGGAACCCAUGGAAAAGCCCUUGUGGAGCACGCACAUCCAUUCUUGUAUUCAACGAGAAUCCGCUCGAAACUUGAACAUCCCUCUUCAACAGAUCAAGUAUUGCUGGGAAUGCUACACCUUCCAUGAUGGAAAGAGUGCUGAGUUUGAGGAGCAUUGUGCGGGACACCUCCCCUCGAUGACCAGCCAACACUACGAGGUGAUGGUGUAUCGCCAUACCACCAUCCGUGCCGGAUACUGUAUUGAAUGCAUGUGGGAUGACCGGCUUCCUGCGGCCUGCAGGAUGAGAGCCUUUGACCGAAGCACAGAGCUGCGAGAGCAUCUUGAGGAGCAUGUUGAUCGGAAAUCAUGGCCAUCGGAAUGCGCUGACCCUUCCUGUAACCACAUUGCUACCGAGGAACAGGACUACCGCCGGCACCUUCGCGAUGUGCACCAUUACCACAAAACCAUUUGUGUGCGAGCCAAGAAGGCCUGCAAGAAACGAUUAUCCUCGAUGCAGGACGAGGAGUCUAAUUCAGACAGGGAUCAUUGUAUGCAGCGGAAACGCCCGCGCAAGCAACGCAAGAAGCCUUCCGUACCAUUAUCUACUACUACGAAAGAACUGAAGAUUACUUUCUGGGAACCUCCCGCAAUGCGUCUCAAGACUAUCACGUCUGUCCCUGCUCAGGAGAAAGAUAAGGGUCAAGAGAGCCUUAAAGGAAUGGCUUGGCAAGCCGUUAAUAACUGCCAAAGCUUGGAUUUGCCUGCUGUAAGCCAGAAUAGCCAGAAUGCUCGAUCGGCCACAUUUGACACACCUGAUUUGACCGAUAGCUUGAGCGGCUACUCAAGCCCUUCAACGACAGGCCCCACUUUUGGUGCGGUUCCCAUCAACCCACGGAUUCUAGAGACGCCGUCUGCUCUCUUGCGCCAGCCGGUUGAGGAAACUGAACAGCCCUAUUCAUGUAGCUCAAGGGUGCAUGUGGAAAGCAACUAUGCUACUGAGAAGAUCGAGGGUAAUACUACACUUCAGCAGCCCUUCGCAGACCUAGCCCUAGGAAGGUAUGAUUCUCAAGGUGUGGCUGUACCGGAGACGGACAACAUAAUCAUUGAACACGCUCCAUUGUCUCUGACUUCUCUGAACGCGAAGCCAGCACCAAGUUUGACUUACCAUGAAUCGAAGCCAAUAGAGAAAGCGGAUUGCACAACACAAAGCUCUUCAGACAUGCCCGUUAUCGAAGGCAGGAUAAAGGAGGCCGUGGGACUAACAGGGCCUAUGACUAGAGCUAAAGCUAAGGAGCAAGCGGCCAAGGCUUGUCAGAGAUCUACGGACUUCCAAACCUCAGGUCAGAAAGCUAGGCCUUACAGUCAAGAAGAGGACAAGUUACUGAAGACACUCAUGCGGAAGUUGGCGACUUUCGAAGCGGUAACGCUAGCCUUUCAAAAGCGAUUUCCAGGACGGUCUGCGAUUUCGCUUCGGAAACGUUGGUCCGUCAUACGACCGCCGUCGCGGCGGUCGACCCGAUUAAAGCCUCUGUGA